GCGACAAACCACACUUGUUCCUCUUCUCUGUUCGCAAGAGAUCGUGUACCAUGGCCUGCGGCUUAUUGGACGUCGAUCACAAGCUUCCGCAGCAUGCAUUCUUUCCCGAUCAAAGAAGUUCUCCGGAUCCCAGAUACAAGGGUAAUUGUACUCCUCCAUACUUCACGUUGCCACGCUGGCAUCCGAAAGUCAGUUUGGAAGCUGGAACAGAGGGUUGAUCGCAAGCAGACUCGGAGAUCGUAUGUUCAUAAGUGUACCAGAAGCUACGGUUCAUCAGAUGAACGCCGAUCCCGUCUAUGGUACGACGGUGAUCGAAGGAAAAAAGAUCGUGCGUUGAGAGCCGCAACAGAACCUACAAUUCAUCCAAUGAACUCCGACCGUUCUGCAGUCCUAAAGCAGUGUCCACCAGAAGCGGUGGUUAUACAUUCUGAGUUUUCAUUGUCGGGACAUAACCGGGAGUACGUUCACAAGGCGUCCAGGCAGAAGAGGCACAUCCAAUCCCAAUAGUCCAGGGGGAAUACAGCCUGAAUGCCCACAGGAUGACCCUGAGAAUGAGC